GCAGCGCUGUCGAACGUGUUCUCUGUUAUGACUCGUAAGAGCGAAGUUAGCCGUUGUACAUAAGUAUAAAUUUACAAACGAAUCGUACGUUUCGUAAAUUGAAUCACUACGCGAAAACGUGUCGAAUGAGCCAAGUUAUUUAGCUAACUAGAUCGUUGUAUCUGGGACCAGAACAGGUCGACCAGAGGUCCGGGUUUGGGCCAGACAGUCCGUUCAGGUCUAUCCUCCACCAGAACACAGCAUUACUUGUAUUUAAUUGGUUUGACAGAUAUUUAAAACUGCGCUCUAAAAUAUUCAUUUCGGAUGUUUGUAACAGCAUAAAAAUUAUCGUAAAGAAAAACGCCCUCAGUGGUCAUAUCCAUUCCUUUCGUCGAAUAGGGUAGUGCCUGCUGCUGGAGAUGCCUACUUCCUAAUUAAAUUUACCACCUUGUUCGUCUAAGAUAAUCCUACGAUGGACCGUGUGCUUAGACGAAGAAUUCCUGAAUGUGUGCGGACGUUACUGACAGACACUGCACCAGAGGAAGUCCAGUGGAGUGACUGGAGAGAACCAGAACCUGAACCCAUAACCAAAGAUGGAAUUUCACUUCCUGCUAGAGGCGGAUCUGAUCUUUUUAUUACUCCAGCUGGUGAGAAAGACAGUGGAAGUGGGUCUGUAGCAUCAUCAGUUAAAACAUGUGGCCUUUGCUUAUCUAAACCCUCCUGCUAUACUUGUCCGAGAUGCAACAUGCCGUACUGUGGAUUGAGUUGCUAUCAAAGUCCACGUCACUCUGCAUGCUCAGAGGAGUUCUACAAGGAAUGUGUCACUCAGGAGCUGAAAUUUCAGGGCACAUCAGAAAAGGAGGGGAGAAACAAGAUGCAGGACAUUUUGCUGAGGCUGAGACACAGUGCUGAUGUUGCAGGAGGGAUGGACUGUGUGCUAAAAGACCUGCUUGAGGAAAGUGGAGGAAAGGUGACCGGGCAGGAUGCACAGGUGUUAGAACUCUUGUCUAGAUUGGCUGAAAUUCAAGCAAGCAAAGAGGAACGAAGUGAAGAAAUAGAGGAGAUCUUGCAUAGACUCCAACAGAUAGAAGGAGGUCUGGGCAAUGCAGAAAAUGAGGAGGAUGAGGAAGAUCUAACACUGAAGCUGUCGGGACUGAAUAUUGAUGCUCUAACCGAAGAAGAACUGUGGUCUCUGUUGCCAUCUAAUCACAAGGAACAGUUUAAGGAGCUUAUUAAGGGAAGGGUCAUUGGGGAGCUGGUGCCACUCUGGAGUCCAUGGUGGGAAAAGCAUGAACAAGAUACUAAAGGACUUAUUGAAGAAUUAGAGUUAGAAGAACAUCAUUAUCAAGUAAAUAUGACACAGGACAUGAUUAGGGAAAAUAUAAAAGGCGAUGAAGAAACACAGAAUGAAAAAGAUCCUGGCAUUCAGUACAAGAGCAGAAACAUAACAGGGCAAACUCAAACCACUGAAGAUGAGUCAAGGGGAAAACUGGGACUUCACAAGCAGAAGAAAAUGUUUAAAAUGAGCAAGAGCACUGUAACUGGUUCCAAAUCUACUGCUCCACCCAUCAGUGCUAAGAUCCUUCCACUUCAAACAAUCUCUGCAAACCCAUCGCCUUUAGUACAGUUUAACCUCAUCAACACUCUUUAUGCCUAUACCUUCUCCCUGUGUCUCUUUAAUGGAGACAUCUCAGAACCCGAGCAGCUGCAGGAGUUCUGCCAGGCUGUGUUGGUGAUCUCAGAGUGUCUGGGCUGUGGAAGAGUGUUUCAUUCUGUUCCUGAGGCCCUGGAAGCCGGGGUUAUGACAUUGUCUGCAGAGGGGUACGCUGACCGAGAAGACGCUGAUGCAACCACUCGGGCCGUGCAAGCUGUGGCACAUAUCCUUACUGGAGAGAGUCGAGAGGAUCCUACAGGCUACACGCUGGCUGCCCUGUCUCAGUUGCAGGCAGCCCUUGGAAAAGCCAAAGCUUUGAUUCCUAAAGAAGAGAAAGAAUGGAGACACAAGUGUUUCCUGGCUAUAAAGAAGUGCGGGUUUUUCCAGUCCUGGGUGAAGGGAAACCCUGUGGUGGUGCGGCGCAUAGCAGGCUUGACAUGGUCAGAGUACUGCAGGAGAAGUGAGGAAAGGGUAGGAUUGGAGAAAGAAAAGGAAAAGGGGAGGAGAAAAAUGUUGAUAGAGGAGAUUAAGUAAGUGUGUUCUAAAAAAUGAUGAAUUUCUGUGCGAUUCUAUUAAAUAUCAAUAAUACAAGGAUUUUGCCUGCACAUUUUAUCAAAGAUUGUGAAAUAUGUUUAAAAAUGAUCUCGAAGCCACAGCAUCCAGAUUAUAAAGAAGAGUUCUUUUACAAAGUAAUAAUAUAAUUCCAAUUUAUAUUUUGCUUGGGAUACAGUGAUACAAUAUAUCACUGAAGUGCUCAGACUGGUUCUGGAGAUCUACCUUUUUGCAGGGGUUAGUUCCAAUGCUAACAGACCUGAUUCAGUUAAUCAAGGCUAUCAUUGCCUAGUAUUACAGGUGCGGUGUUAAUACAUCUCUAGGAACAGACUUCGGUGUACACUGUACAGAGAGCGUGCCUGACCUUGGUCGAGAAGGCGCUAAUGAGAUGAUGAGAUCAAUCAGGUCAUGAACUCAUUUCCUUGGAUGGAAAGCCCUGGGUUGGUAGCCAAAGUCUUAAUGCUGGUUAAAAAUAACCAGUUUUCUUUUUCUUUUUUACAUUACAGAAGCGAACGGCAUUCAGUGUAAAUACCAUAGUGAUGUAAAGCAAAUAAAAUAUGAAAAAUUA